UUAACCUUUUAUUUACAUUUAUUUUAGUUUUUUGAAUCAUUUUUACUGUGAAGUAUUUUAUUUUAAUCUGCUUAAAAGUUGCCUUGAGGAAAAGAUGUCAUCUGGAGCUGAUAUAGACUGAUAAAGGUGGGUGAAAGGCCAUUUGUUUUUCAAAACAAAAACUGCUUGAAUAUUUUUUAAGACCUGGGACUAGCUGAAAGCUACAGAAGAAGCAAGUAAAUGGUCUAUAAGUGGAGCUUGUUUUGUCAGCGUUCAGGGGUGACUUUUUAGUGGAAUAUUCCUUCAUUAUUUGCGCAUUACAAACAGUAUUACUAGGGUUAAGGUAUAAUAACAACUCAGAGCACCUGAUCAACGUCAGACGUUGUGGUCAUUGUAACUUCACACUACAUCCUAAAGUACUACUACAUUAAGUGAAAUAUGGUCAAUGAAUUAAAAUGCCAACCAUUCCGGCAUUUGUACUGAAGGUUGCUACUGGAUGAGUAUACCUCAUUCAGAAUAGUGUUAUACUGAUUUAAUACAAAGUAGACUGGUUGUCACAUCAUAUUGUCUUGUAUCAGGUGUGUGGGAAUGGCAGAUGUCAGCUGGGCCAGUGUCUGGUGGGGCAGAAGAGGAGUUAGCAUGCUGCUGCUCUUUUGGAUUUUCAUAGAACUCCACAUGUCUGUCGUUCCUGCUCAUUGGCAGUUCCUCCCUCUGUUCCAGGCCGAGCUCGGCCCUCUUUUCUCCAAUUCCAGCCCCUUCUCCUUCUCCCAGAGCCUGUUUAUGGUGUCCCUGCACAGCCGGGCCCCCAGACCAGGCCUCAAGGCUUCAUUUGGCCCUUACUCAGUUACACAGCUCAUAUCAGAGCCUGUCCUCCCUCUCUCUCCCCUUCUGUCUGCCUCCCUCAUCUCAGAGCAUGUGGAGAGAGAGAGGGAUGAGAGAGGGCAGGAGAGGUUCAGUGUGAGGACACUGUUCCACAAGCAAGUCAACACGAGCACCCGAGGGACCUGCAUCACACUGCAUGCCUUCAAGGAGACAGAGGAGCACAAGGCCUCCUGUAUGACACAGCCUCCUCUAGGGCUGUGCCUGGUAACUCUAACACUGCCCAGUGACUGGUUUAGGGAGCAACACGGCAACCAAUCAUAUCAGGAUUUGGACAAUAGCAUUCACCCUCAUCGCCGGAUGCAGAAGUGGGAAAGGCAACGGAGUGGACGUCAUCACAGCAACUUUGUCAGUCGUCAGCGUACGACUUCUCCUUCAGUGAGAUACCAUUCAGGUGCUGAUGCACCAUGGGCCCUCAAAUACCAACGGGACCCCAUGGGAAACCAAAUACAGCUUUACUACUCCUCCUUCGACACAGUGGCUGACCCAGAGCUGACACCACAAAGAUGUGUGGAGGACAAAGUGGCUCCAUCCCAGAGGCAGCUCUUCCAUAUCAAAGCAGUGACACUGAAGAAGGAGGAGGAGAAAGAAAGAGAGAAGAGCAGGACCAAAAUAGAAGAAACCUGUUUGUAUGGACAGGAAGAAGAGGAGCUUAGCUUGGACUCCCAUGUUGUGAUUCGGUAUCACAGGGGCCUGGUCCUAAUUGGACAGCCAAUCAGAGUGUCUGUGAAUCUGAGAGCCAACUUCAGUGCUGAGUUUGUUGUCAUAAGGCUGAAGGUGAAGAAGGGCUUCGUGUCGAUGGUGGCCCGGAGAACUCUGACCUCUGACAUGUGGGCAGUGACCCUGGAAAAAAGCCAAGGCUCCAAACACGACGUGGUGUCUAUCUUCUGCCACAAAAACAGCAUGCUCAAGCAAACACACAAUCUCAAUGUCCUCCAGCAGGUGGUGUGCCUGUCAGUGGACGGCCUGAGGCGGAGUUUUGGUGUUGCCAUGGCAGUGACUGCUACAUGGUGGCUGGAGUACUCCGAGAAUAGGAACCACCUUUCGCCACACAGGGAAGCAGUGAGCAUCUUCUCAUUCGCUGAUCGACACAUCUUUGGUAUUGCUCCCAUUACAGAGACUAACACAAUCAUCAACACAGCCAUACUGACCAACCAGCCGGUGUCACUUCCUGUCAUUGUCCUGGCCAUAAGUCAUGACGGGAAGGUAUCAGAUGUCACCCCUGCAGUCACCUGUCACUCUGCCAACGAAAACACUGUCAAGGUGUCCAGCAAUUGCUCCACCAUCUUUGUAGACGGCAGUGAAUCAGGGUUGGGUAGCACCUGUGCAGUGGUGGAGUUUCUGUUAGGCACACUCCGUGGUUCCGUGUGUCUGGAGGUGUGGGUUCCCUCAGUGCCCCUGCGAGUGUCCUUGGCAGACCCCAUUCUCAAUGCCAUUGAUGGCUGGAGCAAUUUCACAGAGAAAGGGUGUGAACCAGUGUAUCAACGCUCCUCAGUCCAGGUUCUGACUCAGUUCACAGCUCAGGACUCCCACAGCAGAACCACACACCUCCUGGGCUCAUCUGAUUGGUUUGUGGAUGUUACUGAUCUGGUCCUUAAGUUACUGAGAAUAAAAGACCCUCAAGUGGCUUCCCUUGGCGCCCAGAACAACUUGAUUGGUUUACAACCAGGAAAGACAUCACUCCACGUCAUCUCUGAGCAGUGGGAUGGCGUGCUGGGCAGAUGUGACAUCACUGUGACCUCUGAACCUGUUACCCCUGGGGACCUGUCUGUGCAAGUGGUCAGCGGCCUCGGCAUGGCAGUCACAGCAAGCCCCUCCCACCCUUCUAUCAUCACAACAACAGUGACAGCCUACAACAUCCUCUACAACCAUCACCAGGAGGCCUCCACCAGUGUCUGGCUUCAGUUCAGUGAUGACACCGCCUCCCUCCUCUCCUCCUUCAGUGACCUUCCCUUUUUUCUGCAUCUCUCCUCAUUGGCUGAGACUGUGGUUGUGGUGACGCCUGGCCCCAGCCAACGCAUCUUUGCCCAGGGUGAUGGAGGCGGGCCUUUACUACGUGCAGAACUUCUGGUUUCAACCUGUGCUGAUCAGCCAAUCACUGCCAACUCCAGUGACAGGCAUUGGAUGGACAUCAAAUUAGGUGGAAGAGGCAGGACAAGGAGGCUGGCAAGAGGAUCUGGUUGGAUAAGAGUCAACCUGGAUCUGGGCUUCCUGCAGCCAAUAGGGAACAAGAAUGAGAAGGGCGAAGAGUUUGAGUUUGUCAUUUCAGACACACUGGUUGAGUCAGACAGCAACAUCUUUGUAUCGAACUUUGACGAUGAUGAAAGUGGAAAUGUAAGCACUGAUGACUAUGACAAAAUCAGUGGGAAGAUGACUGAUAGAAACUGGAAUAAGUUGGGGAACAGUGGGAUGGUCAAUCUGGAAAGAGCUGUGCUCAUUCCGAGGCAGGAGGAGGGUGCUGUGUACUUCUCCCCGAGCCCGGAGAGAGAAGGAGAGAGGAAGGAGCUAGAUGAGGAAGGGCAGGGAGCUCAAGAGCUGGAGCUCGGCAUCAGUGCUGUCCUUUCUCUGCUCUGUCUCUCUGCUGUCCUCUUCCUGGUGAACUGUCUGCCCUGCACCAUGCAAGACAGGAGGAGGACAACAAAAAAGGAGGGGAGGGAAGUAGAUGUAGAGGGAGGCGUAAAACAAGAAGAGGCAGAGCAAAGGGAGAAGACGGAGGUAGAGGAAAGGCAGGCAGAGGAUAGGAAGGAGACAGGAAAUGAACACAAGAUAAAGCUGCAGCAGGAGGAGAGCAAUAAAGAGGAUAUCAAAGUAGAGAUCAUUUGCUGAUAUACAUGCAGGCCGAGCUGAAUUUCUGUGCAAGUACUCCCGUCAGUACUCAUGUUGACAGAGCAAUCACUAUCUAUCAAAGAAUGAUAGGACAAGUCAUUAUUAUAAAAGUAUGCUAUCACCCUGUUUAGAACAAUAUUACAACACUGGACAAACCACAGUGUUGCUCUUAUUGAAAGUUCACAGUUUGUGAUCACUCUGCUCAGCAUUUGUUUGGUUUUCAAGGUCAUUUUGUUGGAUCACUUAACACUGAUCAAAUGAUGUGGCAAUAUGUGCUACCCUUUAAUCUCUACAUUUCAUUUCAUGUCUUCGAUUUCAAACUUAGUGAUUUGGAAACAGCAAAAAUGUCUACUGACUGGAUUCCGACUUCCAUCUGAGACAAAUCUAUCAGCCCUGUUCAGCGCAUCUAGUCUUCACUUAGUCCAUCCAGUCAUUCUUUAUUCAGUCAAUGCUUCCAAUCUUUAUUCAGUCCAUUCAAACUUUAUUUAGUCUAUCUAAUCAUUAUUCAUAAGCGAGAUCUCGGAUAAAGCGGCUGAAAUGAGUUUCCUCCGCUGGGUGGCGGGGCGCUCCCUUACAGAUAAGGUGAGGAGCUCUGUCACUCGGGAGGAGCUCAGAGUCAACGUGGAGCCAGCUGAGGUGGCUCGGGCA